AUGGCCGGAGACGACGCGUCGACGGGGACGGAGGUGGACGCGGGGGGCUUCGAGUUCGCCUUCGACAACGAGGCCUUCUCCGACAGGGUCCUGCGUAUAGAGAUCGUCGGCAGCCACGACGCGCCCGCCUCCGGCGCCAGCCGCAAGCGCCGCCGCGAGGACGCCGAUGGCGAUGAUGGAAAAGAUAUCGACUCCUCUUGUACUGUAAUGGCACUAAUGGGUACACCAGUCUUACGAGUCAAUACCAUACAUAUUAGUUCGGCGAUUCUUGCAGCACAAAGUACUUUUUUUCUCAAGCUUUUCUCAAAUGGCAUGAAAGAGUCUGACCAGAGACAUGCAACAGUUACAAUUGCUGAUUCAGAGGAAAAGGCCUUCAUUGAGCUUUUACGCUUUAUGUAUAGUGGAAAGUUGACACCAACAACCGAGCCCACUCUUCUGGUUGAUAUUUUGAUGGCUGCUGAUAAAUUUGAGGUUGUAUCUUGCAUGAAGCUCUGCGGUCAGCGGCUCAUAGACCAGCCUAUGACGCCAGAAUCGGCAGUGAGGUGCCUAGAUAUCCCACGUUCCAUCUCAAUGGCAUCUGCCGUCAAAGAGGUAGCCAAGACAUUCCUUGCUGAAAGGUACAAGGAAUUCCUGUCAACAAAGUUCCAAGAUGAACUGAUGAGGAUCCCUCUCGCUGGGAUUCAGGUCAUCUUAUCAAGGAACCGCCUCGGGAUUGAAUCUGAAGGAUCCAUCUAUGAUUUCCUGCUCAGGUGGGCCUGUUUGCAGUACCCAAAUUCAGAACAGAGACACAAGAUCUUGAGUUCACGGCUACUUCCACUGGUGCCACGAACUCUCAGUAUGACGGAUGCCGUUCUAAUUGAUCACCCGUCUUGUAUAAUCAACUUUACCAUAAAGCGCGAGAAGUGCUUGGGGCUCUUCCCGUCAGGAGUUCUGCGUUCGCAGCCGUUCCAUUGCGCGGGGCGUGGCUUCUGCCUCCUGGCAGACUGCAAGAUGAUAGAGCAAGUACCAUUUUUUGCCAUCUUAGUAAAGAUGCUAGAAGAAGACAGGGGGGCAGCCAGCGGGGCAAUAGAUUAUAUCAUCGGGUUUAAGACCAGACCGUCACUCAAGUUCUCCACCAAGCACUGUCGCGCCACCACCAGCAAUAUUAGGCGAGGUGUUGGAUGCAUGAUUCCUUGGUCGAAGUUCAUUGCUGACGACAGCCACUUCAUUGACGGCAAAGUCCAUCUGCGGGUUCAGGUGAAGAUAACGCCGGAGCCAUAG